AUGGACAUUCUCCAGUCUCUCUGGAAAGAUUCUCGCUAAUGGAUUUCCUGCUACUCGGCCUCUGUCUACACUGGCUGCUGAGGAGGCCCUCGGGGGUGGUCUUGUGUCUGCUGGGGGCCUGCUUUCAGAUGCUGCCCGCCGCCCCCAGCGGAUGCCCGGGGCAGUGUCGGUGCGAGGGGCGGCUGCUGUACUGCGAGGCGCUCAACCUAACCGAGGCGCCCCACAACCUGUCCGGCCUGCUGGGCUUGUCUUUGCGCUACAACAGCCUCUCGGAGCUGCGUGCCGGCCAGUUCACGGGGUUAAUGCAGCUCACGUGGCUGUAUUUGGAUCACAAUCACAUCUGCUCGGUGCAGGGGGACGCCUUUCAGAAACUGCGCCGAGUUAAGGAACUCACGCUGAGUUCCAACCAGAUCACUGAACUGGCCAACACCACCUUUCGGCCCAUGCCCAAUCUGCGCAGCGUGGACCUGUCCUAUAACAAGCUGCAGGCGCUAGCUCCUGAUCUCUUCCACGGGCUGCGGAAGCUCACCACCCUGCACAUGCGGGCCAAUGCCAUCCAAUUCGUCCCGGUGCGCAUCUUUCAGGACUGCCGCAGCCUCAAGUUUCUCGACAUUGGAUACAAUCAGCUCAAGAGUCUGGCGCGCAACUCUUUCGCCGGCUUGUUCAAGCUCACAGAGCUACACCUGGAGCAUAACGACUUGAUCAAGGUGAACUUCGCCCAUUUCCCGCGCCUCAUCUCCCUGCACUCGCUCUGCCUGAGGCGGAAUAAGGUUGCCAUUGUGGUCAGCUCUCUCGACUGGGUUUGGAAUUUGGAGAAAAUGGACUUGUCUGGGAACGAGAUCGAAUACAUGGAGCCCCAUGUGUUCGAGACCGUGCCGUACCUGCAGUCCCUGCAGCUGGAUUCCAACCGCCUCACCUACAUUGAGCCCCGUAUCUUAAACUCCUGGAAGUCCCUAACAAGCAUCACUCUGGCUGGGAACCUGUGGGACUGCGGGCGCAACGUGUGUGCCCUAGCUUCCUGGCUCAGCAACUUCCAGGGACGUUAUGAUGCUAACUUGCAGUGCGCCAGCCCGGAGUAUGCACAGGGCGAGGACGUCUUGGAUGCAGUGUAUGCUUUCCACCUGUGCGAGGAUGGGGCCGAGCCCACCAGUGGCCACCUCCUGUCGGCGGCCGUCACUAACCGCAGUGACCUAACGCCCCCUGAGAGCUCAGCCACGACCCUGGUGGACGGUGGGGAGGGGCUGCACGAUGGCACGCUUGAGCCCAUCACAGUGGAUCUCCCCGGCGGCGAGCACGCAGAGAACGCUGUGCAAAUCCACAAAGUGGUCACGGGCACGAUGGCCCUCAUCUUCUCUUUCCUCAUCGUGGUCCUCGUACUCUACGUAUCCUGGAAGUGUUUCCCAGCCAGCCUCAGGCAGCUCAGACAGUGCUUUGUCACGCAGCGCAGGAAGCAGAAGCAGAAACAGACCAUGCAUCAGAUGGCUGCUAUGUCUGCCCAGGAAUACUAUGUUGAUUACAAACCCAACCACAUCGAGGGGGCCCUGGUUAUCAUCAACGAGUACGGCUCGUGUACCUGUCACCAGCAGCCUGCGAGGGAAUGCGAGGUGUGAUUGUCCCAGAGGCUCCCAACCCAUGCGCUACCAAAUAUGCCUGGGCAGCCGGGCGGGCCAGCGGGCACCAGGACUGGUCUCCUCUGCGCUUUGAUUUGUUGACUGAAACUGUAAGGGGAUCUCUCCCAGAGACUUGACAUUUUAGCUUUAUGUGUCUUAAAAAAACAAACAAACAAAAAUCCCGAAAUAAAACACAACAAAAAACCCCACCCCAUAAUCUUCAGGACAGUCUGUCUUAAAUUUCAUAUGAGAACUUCUUCCUCCCUUUGAAGAUCUGUCCAUAUUCAGGAA